AUGACAGUGACAGAUAUGACCCAGUGGAUUGAAAAUUAUUUUUAUCAAAUGCUUGAUGGGUUUGAUGGUCCUUUAUUAAAAAAUGCACAUGGAGGAAUGCUCAUGACAUUAGUCGAUAUGUGUGGAUCUCUCAUAAUAGCUUCAAAAGGAUUGAAUUAUUCCUCCGGUGUUAGUACAAAUAUCAAUAUUUCAUUUACAAAUCCUGCAAAAGAAGAAGAUGUUUUAUUUAUAGAAGCAGAAUGUAUAAAAUUUGGCAAAGCUAUGGGAUUUGCUGAUAUAAAAAUAUACAACAAAGAUAACAGAAAACUAAUAGCUCAAGGUCAACAUGUUAAAUAUAUUGUGAUCGCAUUAAGACAAUCAGAAUCAAAACGAGCAAAAAUUUAA